AUGAUGGGUAGUGGUAUUGGCUCCUACUUUGGUACCCUCACAAUGUUAAUAAUAACAGUCAUGUCAAUUGAGCGAUGGCUACACAUGUCUCGUCGAUCCCUAGUCACAAUGCGUCGUACGUAUAUCGCCAUUGCGGUGUUAUUACUUUUACCUAUUCCGUUUGCAGUGUGCCGUGUACUCAAUAAUCCAUUUAACAUUGCAGUGAAUGUUGCAAGUUCUAUAUCGUUGAUAUUUUGCCUUGUUAUAACCCCAGUUGCUUACUUCAAAGUUUUCCAAAUAAUUCGCGCACAUCAGCAACAAAUCCACUUGAGCGAAUUGUCCCAAAAUGCUGCUCAACCAGCAAUGCACAUGGCCAAGUACAAGAAAUCUGUCUUCACCAUUCUCUACAUCCUAGCGAUAUUCCUUAUUUGCUACUUGCCCAUAGCCAUUAGUUUUGGAUUAAUCCCAGUUCUAAACUAUGAGAAAGAGUCGUUGCCACUAUUAAACUUCUCAUUUUUGCUGGUAUUUAUGUCGUCCUCGUUGAAUCCUGCUCUUUAUUUAUGGAGAAUGAAAGACAUUCGAAAUGAAGUGGCACGACUAAUCAAAGCAGUGUUAUGUAGGCAAAACGAAAAUUGAAGGGAUUCUUGCCAAAACUGCUACGGAAAGGACUUUUCCCUCAAACAAGUACUCGCUCAGUCAUUAUACUCUAAAAGUACUAACCGAACAAUAUAAAGCUAUUGUAUCAGGGUGAAAUGUUUAUAUCAGUUUGGCGCAGCUUAUUUCCUCACUGGCACUAGUUGCAAUCAGUGUAAUCAGAGGGUACAGAUAAAGGAUUAUAUGUUGGUUUAGAACAUUCAGAACAUUAAUUAAAAUAGAUUAAUAAUAGACUCUCAGGUACAUUGAGCAUUGAGUAUUUCUAAAACAAACCACACACACGAACAGGUGUCAUGCACGUAAAGUAUUUUGUCUUGAUUGAUUUUUUUGCCUCAAAGGCAAUCGAUUUCAAAACGUAAGAAUAAAUGACAUCUGACAAACAAAAAUAGAAGACUAGUCUCAUACAUCGAGAACUACCAAUGAUCUUGCAAAGCAGAAAACCCAAAAGAAAACCUAGUUGGUAAGAAAUUAACCCAAAUGAUGGUUUUCAAAUACAAUGACGCUAGUUUACUGGUAUUCAACAUGUCAGUUGUACUGGCGUUUUUGUCUUCGUCAUUAAACCCUGCUCUUUACUUGUGGAGAAUGAAAGAAAUCCGUAAUGAAGUUAAACGGCUUGUUAAUAAAAUGUUAUGUUAAAACAACGAAAUAUGAACAGGAAACAAAAGAUCUGGGCACAAAGUGACUGGAGACCAGUGAAAUGACCAUCAAUCACAUCAAUUGCCCAGAAUGCCGAGAGAUAUCAGGAAUUUUCAUACUCUCACGAGCGCUAAAUUUGAAAGCUCUUUAAAAAAAAGUACAUAGAAUUACAAUGAAGGCUGGACAGAACUAGUCAGCAAAAUUUGGAAAUUAAACGCGUUCAGGAAAAAGGUUAAGUUUACUAGUUAGCGUUCGAUUAUGGCUUUUGGCUUCGUCCUGUUGAAUCGGACGCAUGCCUCUUAAACUGAACCUGAAUCGGCUGAGGAGACAAGUAGGAAGCAGUAGAAGGUCGCAAUAUAUAAGCAAAGACCUGGCUGAGCUAAAAUCUAGCCUACAGUUCACCCAGAAAGACGAUGAAGACCUAAAACCAGUAACCAAGCAGAUGACUAAGAUUGGAAAAGAGCUGAAAGAAGUCUAAGCCCAGGUAGAUUUCCAUUGUGACAAGAUGGAAUAUCUCGAGAACCAGAGCCGUCGCAACAACAUUAGAAUUGAUGAAAUCCCUGAGGAACCCGAUGAAACUUAGGAAGACACUGAAAGUAAAGCUAAAGCGGCGCUAGAAUUCAAACUCAAUCUUCCUUUCAAGGUGGAAAUCGAGCGAGCUCAUCGUACUGGUAAAGUUAAUCGGCGCUCUGACGACAACGCUUCAUCUACGCGUCCUCGCACAGUUAUUUGUCGCCUGGUAAGCUGGAAGCAAAAGGAUCCAAUAUUAAAGGCCGCGAGGAUUCUAAAGCCAGAAGGAAUGUUUGUCACUGAAGAUCUUGCCUUGUCAUAUUAGAGAUCUUCCUAAAAAGAAAUUUAGGAAAGUACUUCACAGAUUGUUUUCGGAUAUCUUAAAAAGAGAAAUGACUAUAUUGAGACGCCCUUAAUAGUUGAAAAAGUUCGAUUAAUAGUUUAGUGAUUUCUGUAUUAAAGUAUUUGUUUGUAGUUUUCCUUCCUUUUCCUUUCCUUUCUUUUCCUUGCAAUUUAUUUUCUUUUAACUGGUCCGCCUAGAUUAGCAAUUGCUAUUUUGCGGGCCAGUCUAUUGUAACCAAUAGUCUUACGAAAUAAAGUUGAAGUUGAAGUUGAAGUUGAAUCUUGCGGCUGAAACUCUUCAAAGGCGUAAAGAUCAACUGCCAAAACUAAAACAAGCAAAGCAAGCCGGAAAGAUUGCCUACUUUAUGUUGGAUAAAUUGCUAAUCAAAGACAGACCCUCGAUCUAGUUUAACUCAGAUAAGUUGACUCGUCAAUUCCUUGCUAAUAUGAGCGAAUUUCCUUUUAAUCAUCUUGACGAUGUGUCUUUAAAAUCUUGCCCUUUAUAACUUAGCUCACGACCCAGUGCGUUUUAAUAAUGAUAGAUUAGAAUGCCUAUACUUUAACCCGAUAAGUAAUUGCAAUACUGUAAUAUCCAGUGACAUUGAUCCAGAUAGUAAUUUUCUAAAUCUUACACUCUAAAGGUAGUUACUAUAACGAGCCAGAACUAUAUGACCUAACUGGUAAUAGGAAGGAUGCUAUCAAUUUUUCCCUUUUGUAUUUAAAUGCUCGUAGCUUACUUAAAAAUUUUGUCAAAUUUACCCAACUCUUAGAUUCUUCGCAGCAUGAGUUUUCAGCUAUAGGUAUCUCAGAAACGUGGCUAAUUGAUAUUAACGAAGAUUAUGUAAACAUUAUUGGCUAUCGUUUUAUCUCAUCGAAUAGAGUGGGUAGGCUUGGUGGAGGCGCAGGCCUUUAUUUACGCGACACUUUCAACUUUAACAUUAUGUCUGAUUUGUGCUCGUCAAACUCCGCCUUAUUUGACUCUGUUUUUGUUGAAAUCGAAAAUCCACAUGGAAAAAAACUUUAUUAUCGGUACAGUUUAUCGUCCUCCUCUCUGCUAAUUUGCAUGAAUUCCUGGAAUCUUUUCAGCAAUUACUUGAUCGGGUAACAAGGGACAAUAAAAUGUGUAUUACUCCCUCGUAUAUCCUUUCUUAACAUACUGUAAUGUCGCUUGGUCCUCCACCUACUGUUCCAACCUAAACUGUAUUUACCUUUUGCAAAAGCGUCUAGUGCAGCUCAUAACAAAAGCUCACUAUCUAGCAAAUACAGCCCCUUUAUUUAGCCAGCUUAAAGUCCUUGACAUAUUUAGUAUUAAUUCAUUUUCUGUCGCUACUUUUAUGUAUUCUUAUCACCAUAAUCUUUUGCCUAGUAGCUUUCGUGAAUCGUUCUUAAGUAGUAAUCAAGUCCAUCAAUACGAAACCCGACUAGCCUCUCAGUAUAGACCUCAUUUUUGUAGAACAAAUAUAAAGCAAUUCAGUAUCCUUUACCGAGGACCUAAAAUCUGGAAUUCGUUCCCUAUUUCACUAAUUAGCUCUCCUUUUAUAUUUGUUUUUAAAAAAAAUUUAAAGAAUUAUCUCACUGAUAGCCGAUCUGUCGCUUAAUUUUCUGAUCUCAGAACACCCACUAACUUACUCUUGGCUACAAUGGCUUUUACUGACUUUGGAACUGGGAUUAUAACUCAGCCCCUUUACGUUGUGUUUAACUUCGACAUUGAGGAAGAUGAUUUUAAAUUGAUCGAUAUGACGACCUGGCCUCGAAUGUAUUCAAUAUUAAAACAAAUGGUUGAUGGCCUUGGUAACUAUUUUGUUAUCCUCACGGUUUUAACGAUAACAACCAUGUCAAUUGAACGAUGGUUACACAUAUCUUAUCGAUCUCUGGUUACAGUGCGUCGAGCUUACAUUGCUGUUGGAGUGUUAUUACCUUUACCGAUUCCACUAGCAGUGUGCCGUGCUCUUACAAGUGCUUUCUUCUUGCUUUUUUUGUCUUGUUAUAACCUCAGUGGCUUACUUUAA